UCGUGGAUGAGCAGGUGAAGUGGAGUUUUUUUGGUCCAGUGCAGCACGGACACACGGUCAACAGCAACAAAAAAGUUGCUCGCCGUUGCCAUAGCCCAUUCUUCUUCCUCCAAUCCAAAUAUCCAAUCCAUUCCACCGUUCCUCCAUAGCACUACUGACCUGGUGAUCUUGUACUACUAGGUAACGUAUGAUUGCCCAAUCACCCCUCAUUCCAAAGUGCAGCGCUCCCUAGCUCAGCUCAGCUGAGAGAGAGUGUGUGUCGAGCUUCCCGUUCAGACCCAGCCAGCCACAAUACUUCCCUCCCCUCCCGGUCUCCUUCCUUCCCUUCUUCUCUGUUGCGUUGCCAUUGGGCAUUGGCGGCUCGGCGACGCGGAGGAAGCGUCAAAACACAGACUCGCAGAGAGAGGGAGACGAGUAUUUAUUUAAGAGUGUUUCCGUUUGCUCCCUCCUGGUUUCCACCCCCGCACGACUCCACCACCACCCUCCCCUCUUCCCCUGGCCUCGCCGCCGGCCACCACCAGCUCAACCACCAACCUCCGCUGCCGCCGACCUGUGCUCUCACCACCCUCCAGACCCAGCCUCCGUCUCCACUCUUCAAACUUUUUGGUGUGGACUUCGUUCCGAGGGGACGAUCUCAUGACAGCCCGGCGUGGAGGUCCAUGACGACCCGAGGGCCGAUGGAAUGGCAGAUCCCGUCGACAUCGACAAGGCACUUAUUGCUUUAAAGAAAGGUACCCAACUGCUUAAAUAUGGUCGCAAAGGGAAGCCAAAAUUUACUCCCUUCCGACUAUCAAAUGAUGAAUCAACUCUUAUUUGGGUUUCAAAUAACAAAGAGAAAAGUUUGAAACUAGCUUCCGUGUCCAGGAUUCUCUUGGGGCAAAGAACGCUGGUUUUUCAACGUUUUCUGCUCCCUGAAAAGGACCAUUUAUCCUUCUCACUCAUAUAUAAUGAUGGCAAGCGUUCUCUUGAUCUGAUCUGCAAGGAUAAAGUUGAGGCGGAUGCUUGGUUUACCGGUCUUAAUGCCUUGAUAUCUCCAGCACAGCAUAGAUCCCAGUCCCAACACAUAGAUGGAAUGCACAAUACCGGUCUUUCUUUUGAUUGUGGAAGAGAUAGUAGCCUAAGCAGUAGCUCUACUUUUACCUCAGAUUCCCUUGAGAAUAAAUUGAGCUCAGCAAACUCUACCAAGGAUCGUUCUUCUGGAGAAUAUACAUAUUCAGAAAGGACAGAUGUGUCAGAUAUGCAAGUGAAAAGUGUUUCUUCGUCAGACAUUCGAAUCAGUAUUUCCAGUGCGCUUAGCACAUCCAGCCAAGGUUCUGGAGGUGAUGAUUCUGAAUCAUUUGGGGAUGUUUAUGUCUGGGGGGAAGUCAUGUGUGAUACUACUUCAAGAUCAGGUUCUGACAGAAGUGCUUACUCUCCUGGCGCAACUACUGAUAUUCUUGUACCAAAGCCCCUAGAGUCAAAUGUAAUGCUUGAUGUCAGUUAUGUGGCUUGUGGUCUGAAGCAUGCUGCCCUUGUUACAAGACAAGCAGAGGUAUUUACAUGGGGAGAAGAAUGCAGUGGAUGUCUUGGUCAUGGGGUUGGAACAAAUGUUUUCCAGCCACGUCUUGUUGAGUCAUUAUCGAUCUGCAAUGUUGAAGUAAUAUCCUGUGGUGAAUUCCAUACUUGUGCUGUCACUGCAACUGGUGAUCUGUACACCUGGGGAGAUGGUACACACAAUGCAGGGCUCCUUGGUCAUGGCAGUAAUGUGAGCCACUGGAUCCCAAAAAGAGUUUCAGGUCCACUGGAAGGUCUUCAGGUAUCAGCUGUUUCUUGUGGCACAUGGCAUACAGCCUUGAUAACUAGUUCCGGGCAGUUGUACACAUUUGGUGAUGGCACAUUUGGAGUCUUAGGUCAUGGAAAUCGAGAAUCAAUAUCAUACCCAAAGGAAGUAGAGUCUUUGAAGGGUUUAAGGACAAUUUCUGUUUCCUGUGGUGUGUGGCACACUGCUGCUGUUGUUGAGGUUAUCAUUUCACAGUCAAAUGCAUCAUCUGGAAAGCUAUUCACGUGGGGUGAUGGAGACAAAUAUCGCCUUGGGCAUGGUGAUAGGUCUUCAAAACUAAUACCAACUUGUGUGUCUUCGUUGAUAGAUUACAACUUCCAUAAGGCUGCAUGUGGUCAUACUCUUACUAUCGGAUUGACUACUUCAGGGCACAUUUUUACUGUGGGGAGCUCUGUUUAUGGACAGCUUGGCAAUCCAAAUAAUGAUGGAAGGUAUCCUCGCCUGGUUGAACAAAAGCUUGGGGGCGGUGGUGUUGUGGAGGUUGCAUGCGGAUCUUAUCAUGUUGCAAUCUUGACAAAUGCUGGUGAAGUUUACACAUGGGGUAAGGGUGCAAAUGGGAGAUUGGGCCACGGUGAUAUUGCAGACCGUAAAGUACCUACACUUGUUGAAGCUUUGAGGGAUAGGUCUGUAAAACGCAUUGCUUGUGGAUCAAGCUUGACGGCUGCAAUAUGUCAACAUAAAUGGGUGUCUGGGAUGGAGCAGUCUCAGUGCUCAGCAUGUAGACAGCCAUUUGGAUUCACUCGAAAGAGGCACAACUGUUACAAUUGUGGCUUAGUGCACUGCCAUGCAUGCAGUUCAAAAAAAGCUUUAAGAGCAGCAUUGUCUCCAAAUCCCAGAAAGCCAUACCGUGUAUGUGAUUCGUGUUACCUGAAACUAAGUAAAGUUCUGGAUUCUGGUAGUUCAAAAAAAGUUGCACCAUCUAGUAGUUCAGAUAUGAUUAAGAAUUUAGAUGUGAAGGCUGCUAAGCAAACAAAGAAGUCUGACUACUCGUCACAAGUUCCUGCAGUUUUGCAGCUGAAAAACAUCCCUUUCAUCAGUACACCUGACCUGCAGAACUCAUCUACUUUUCCAUUUUUGAGGAUGCCAUACCUGAAUUAUUCGAGUUCCCUGUCCUCUGAAAGCUUUGAGAACUUUAGGGAUGCAAACGAACUUCUAAAGCAAGAGGUUCAGAAACUACAAGCAGAGGUUAACAGCUUAAGACAACAACGUGAACAUCAAGAUGCUGAAUUGCAGAAAUCGGAUGCAAAAGCUCAUGAGGCGAUGACCCUUGCUACUGAGGAAGCAUCCAAAUUGAAGGCUGCAAAAGAUGUCAUAAAAUCACUUAAAGCACAGCUAGAAAUGGCUGAAAGGCUUCCUCCAGGAGCAUGUGAUGUGAAGCAUGCAAGCCUGACAGGUGCUUUAGCUCCUGAAAUGGGGAGAGAGAGCCAGAUGAGAUAUAAUCCAGGCAGCAUUCAGUGUCCUCAAACACUCACUUCUGUUGCAUCUGCUCGGUUUGGUGGAUUACUUGCCCAAGUCCAUCAAGCAAGCGACCACAAUGAACCUUCCAUGGUUCCACAAGAGAGAAGGGGUGAACACCUCAAUGGUAUUAAGGAUUUCUCCCCUGUGCAACAGAGGACUAAUGGAGGGCCUAUCGGGUACCGAUAUAGACCAGACGAUCAUGAUCUAAGGGAAACAGAAAGGUUCCAAAUAAACCUUCACGGGUUGAACAUGAGAAGUUCUGGUUCCCCCAAUAAUCAGGUUGAAGCAGAAUGGAUAGAACAGUAUGAACCUGGAGUAUACCUAACCCUAGUUUCUCUUCGCGAUGGAACCAAAGAGCUGAAAAGAGUGCGGUUCAGCCGGAGAAGAUUUGGAGAAUAUCAAGCAGAAUCAUGGUGGAAUGACAACCGCGACAAAGUUUAUGAGAAGUACAAUGUGUGUGAAACUGAUCGGCUCUCUUCAGUAAUGACAGCUUAGUGUAAACUUACGUGAAACUAGAUAUCCAUAUCCAAACCGGUGCCGAAGCAGCCACUGCAUGCCAAGUACUUGAGGCAUGCAUGUCUCCUUGUUCGAAAAGCUGAGAUGAACUCGAUCCGAACAGUUUAUGCGUGCCAGUAAUCUGGUUUUUGGCAAUGUGCUGCAUCGUGUUGUUUAUCUGCCUUCCUGCAUUCUUGUUGUAUAGAGGAAUCAUGCAUGUGACACUUGGUGAUGGGAGCAAAGAGUUGUUGCUCCGUUGACCGAGAUACAGAGCUGUAUGUGAUAUAUUCCUGGGUUUAAUGGAUGAGCGAAAGCUCCUCCUUGUUGCCUCUUGCGGUUACCUUGAAAA